CAGCAGCACGGUGCGCCAGAGAGAGAGAGCGCACAGGCGCGGGGGACGCACCGGGGAGCAGGCACGACGCGCAGAUAGCGCCACUUGUCCCUUGUUUCGUGGGAACCCUAUCGACACCUUCCUACGACCGAGGGCUCCCCCGGCUCGCUUCGCCAGCCGUGAAAAAGAGGGAACUCCUGCACGGCGAAUUUCUGGGAGUACCGCGGGGAGGAGGAGGUGGGGAGAAGGAUGCGGUUCCAGCGCGACUCCGAGCGCCGCGCAGUCCGCCUCCGGAGCUGGUGAUGCCCGCCCGCCGCGCCGGGAUCACCGCCCAGCAGCAGCAGCAGCAACAGCAGCAGGAGGAAGAGGAGGUCGGGACAACAGGGCGUAGGGGGCCGGGGAUGAUGAUGGUGGUGGUAAGGUCGGGAUCAUCAUGGCAAACGGAACCGGCACUAUCAUGUUGAAAUGCGUCGUGGUGGGAGACGGUGCUGUGGGCAAAACGUGUCUUCUGAUGAGCUAUGCCAAUGACGCCUUUCCAGAGGAGUAUGUCCCCACAGUGUUUGAUCAUUAUGCAGUGAGCGUCAACGUCGGUGGAAAACAGUACUUGCUGGGACUGUAUGACACAGCCGGUCAGGAGGACUACGACCGCCUGAGGCCGCUGUCCUACCCGAUGACCGAUGUCUUCCUCAUCUGCUUCUCUGUGGUUAACCCUGCCAGUUUCCAGAAUGUGCGAGAGGAAUGGGUGCCCGAGCUGCAGGAGUAUGCACCCAGUGUCCCCUACCUGCUCAUUGGCACCCAGAUUGACCUUCGUGAUGACCCCAAGACCAUUGCCAAACUGAACGACAUGAAGGAGAAGCCCAUAGCUACUGAGCAAGGACAGAAACUGGCAAAGGAGAUCGGUGCAUGUUGCUAUGUGGAAUGUUCAGCACUGACCCAGAAGGGCCUGAAGACGGUGUUCGACGAGGCUAUCAUCGCCAUUCUGGCUCCCAAGAGAAAGAAGGGAACUCUGAAGAGAAGACUGGGACCUCGCUGCAUCAACUGCUGUCUGAUCACGUGAUGCAUAAACACAGAGAUCAUUCAGCAGCCAACCACAAACCAAACCUGGACUGAAGGCAAAAGACAGACAGAAGUAAAAUGCACCGACAGCACAGUGAGACAUAAGAGACGACUGAAACGGACAAAGCAAGAGCUACAUUUAAGCUGCAGUGCUCUUGGCAGGCCCUAACUCUCUCUCCUGCUUUCCACCACUGGGGUUGAGGAUGCAGUUUUACAACCAAAGGAGCACAAAACCCAAGUCGGUCUCUUCUUAAAGACUUUUAGCCUCUAAAGUACCUUCUUUUAUAACCAUUUUUAAUCAUUUUUCCUGUACAAAAUUGUUGUAUGCUGUCAUACAAAAAAAACUACAAAAUGGCUCUUCAGUUUUUAGUGAAAAUGCUACAUUUAUUGAGUUCAUAUGAUUUUUAUCGUUUUGAAAGUUUGAUUAUUGAUUUGUGAAUUUGAUAUGAUAGAAUCUGAGAGGAAAACUGCAGCUGAUAUAAAUGAGUUGACACUGUGACGGUGCCCAGGAAAUGUUUCUGGACAUAAGGGCCCAGAUUCUACAUUUUUAUCUUCCUACAUGUUGGGGUCUGGCUCCAACUAUAUGUCAUUCGUGGACCUGCAAUUUAAACCACUCCAUAUUUUGCAGUGUGUAGGGGACAGAAGUUCUGUUUUAUUCAAACAACAGAUGUUGGACCUAGAACUUUAAUAUUUUAAAGUUUAAGAGUCUUGUGUUUUUUUGCCUUAUGAAAAGCCCAUCAUUUUAUAGUGUGGCAUGCCAAAUCAUACUGUAACAUAAGACUGGGGCUGAGCGCUUCAUCAGAAAAUGAAAAAGGUUUAUUAUCCAUUUCUAAAACAUAUAUUAUCCAGAGUUUAUGAUUCUCUCUAAACUAGAGAUCAUCCAGUAUGUGCAAAUAUUAUCUUUUGUUAUUUUGCAAUAAUGUGUUAUCCUUUAAUCGCCUUUAAGAAAUUUCAGAAGAGAGAAGAAGAGAGAUCUUGUUUUAGAAAUGAAACUUAUUCAUAUCCAACAUCCAAAGAAUCAAAUGCACACACUUUGAUCAAAAUCAAGUGGCUAAAAUUACCCAGUACUGUAAAUGGAAUGCACAUCAUGAAGCACAGCUACGCCACUUCUCAAUCUCCCAGCACAACGAAGCACAUUUUUCUGCUUUUGCACAAAGUCCCUCUCCCAGUAAAAAAAAGACUGAUUGAAGCACAGAUGACCGCACACUGGUCCAACAGGCAAAAGUAAAGUAUAGCACACAACCUCACCAUCAAAUCCUGCAAACUGGAAAACACAUAUAAAUAGUUUUGAAAGGGAACAAGGAGCAGUUUCAGUCGGUAGCAUCAGCUGUUUGUGAAUUCAAAUUUUCCUGUGGGCAUUUACACAUCACUAGAUCUGAACAGAAACCAUUGUAGUGGAUACUUACAUACAGAAUAGUUGUCACUGAAUAUUUACACUAUGUUUACUCUGGAGUACAAGUUGUAAAUAUUUCGUAUGGUUGACAUCUGACCUGAUACUUAAAUAUUGAUUUAUUUGAAAUAGUCACAUAAAUUGAGAAGAUUUUAAACCAAACUGCACAAAAACAACACAAUACACCACAGAAUAAUCUAGCUGGAGUAUUUGAUGAAUGUAUAAUAGCAUAAAUCAAAAGUCACUAAACUGUAUAAGUGUUAAUCUGACGUGCCUUUUACACACCUACAUUUACAGUGAAUUGGACAAUUUUAAUAAACCCCUUGGUCACAUUAGACUGUAACCUUUGGCAGCUUCAUUAUAUCUCCCAUUGUAACAGUAGCUUUAUAACAUUAUAAUAUAUAGUUUGUAAUGUAGCCUUGCAACUGAACCUAUCUAGUAAUUACAAAGAACUUAACAAGAACUAUCUAACAACUUAAAAAGAUAUAUUUAUGAGCAGCUGAUGCAACUUAGUUUGUAUAAACCAUUUGAACCAAUUACAUUCGGAGUUAUAAGGUCCCAUGUCCCAAUUCAGUUUUAGGAACAUGUAGAUUCCAUAAGUAUUCAUUGAUCUUUGGAAUAAAGUCACAUUCUACAACUUUUCAAACAGAAAUGGAGACGAUAUACUGUAUGGCAUUUUACAAGAUUUAGAGAGGAGGUUAAAACAUCAGUUUUAUGCAACAAAGGUUUGUGGCCUACAUGUUUAUCACACUUGAGGUCAGGAUGAAGCUUUUCUUGCCAACCACACUUCCAAACUAUCAGUUCUGCUUGUGUAUGUGCAUUUGCUAUUAGUCUUUUUUUUUUUACUUAAAAAACAUAUUAAUUAAAGGUGCCAACUCUUGUGAAAUGACUUCUGUUCAUUCUCUUUUCAAAGUCAGACAUGAUGAUUGAUUAAAAGCUUUAAUGUACAUGGUGCUCCUCUUCUCUGUCCCAGCCUGCGAUGUGUAACUGUCUCUCUGAACCGAACAGUGGAUUGCAGGGUGAACGGCCCUCUCUUCCUCUCAGACAGUUUUGCUUGCUUAUGUUGUGUGAAGGUCCACCCUCAGGAUCCAGGACCGAAGUGCCGCAGCCACCAAUGCAUUCUCCCGUUGAUGCUCCCCUCCUCUCAA